GUGAGGGGAAGGAGGCUGCCACUGUGGAAGGUCAAGGGGCUUUUUACGCGCAAUCAGUUGGUGCCUUCUUUGUUGACCGCACACCGUGAGCUGCAGUUAAUUUGUUUGAAAGGCUGCCGUCUAUUUCCUGAAUCAGUGACUUUGGCUUGAACACUGUAGGAAGAAUGAUAUAGGCGCAGCAGAUGUCCGGGGAGUGAGCAGAGCGCGUAAAACGUCUUGGCGUUGGUAUUCAGCAUGGCUCUGGAGAGUGGGUCCUUCCUGAGAGCAGGGCUUGUGUUGUUGAUGGCAGCUCAAGUCCUUCCUUCAGCGUCUGGCUGCAACAGUGGUUUCUACGAGAGGAUGAUCAAUGAUCUCUGCUUGGCGAAGUUCAAAUUCGACAUGGGAGGAGUUGUCCGAGGCCUGUGGUGCAGCUGGCCGGACACAAUGGAGAUAUACGAGGGACUAACAAACUGCACUUACCAAAUUGCCUUGAGGAUGGACUGCUUCUGGCCUAACCAGGUAGUUGACCGCUUCUUCAUGCACGUUCACAGGAACUACUUCUACGACUGCGCCCUGACCGGCCGGCUCCUCCAUGACCCGCCAAUCAGCGUCCUUGCCCUGUUCAUCACAAUGCCAGUGCUGGUCACCCUGCUCAUGACUGCCAUAGUGGUGUGGAGGAGUAAACGCACAGAGGGGGUUUUAUAGGAACUCUUUGGGGGCUGGAUUUGGCUUCAAGGCUUGGAGAUACAAAUGGAUUCUGGAUGUGUUGUGUGCGAAGUUGCAUGUAUUUAUACACACUGUGUUUAAAUUGUUUUACUCCUAUUUUAAUAUGAAUAUCAGUGUAUGUAAGAUGCAAUUAAACAAUUGCAUGCCUCGUGAAAAACUGUUUGACUGCAGCAGAUGCUGACCUUAAAACAAUAAUAUGCAAUAAAUGCUCUAUUUGGUAUAAAAAUAGAAUUUAUCCACGUAGUUAUUUUUAGCAAUAACAUCACCAGUAUGAGAGUGUCAGAGUUUGGCAGGGGGAGGUAAUAAAGUUUGAGAUUCAGGGGAUUUGGAGGCCAUGCAUGUUAAUUACCAUCUGUUCUCGUGGCCCUAAACAAUCUGCGAACACAUAAAUAACAGUAGAGAGGACGACACUCAGGGAGAGAGCAAUGACUUGGAUAAAUGAUAGUUAUAAAUUUGGAGGAGAGGUGAAGAAAAAGGGGAAAGGAGACAAAAACUGAGAAACUGAGAAAAAAAAGUCUUUUGUCGUGUAAAAGACAAAUCACUUUGUAAUUAAUAAAAUAACAGUGAGUUUAUUCUCAGCACAUCUGCAGCCUCCAAUACAUCUGAGUGAUACAUACAUUUUUGAUAAAGCCAAAUGGUUCCUGGAUUACAAUUUUUAUUAACAUAAUGAUACUACAAAUUUAAUGCAAUGUGCAGAUGGAUUAUGUUCAAAAACAUGUUUUGAGUGCAGUUUACUUCAACAUAGACAAAGUUUAAAAACAAAUGACUUUCUAUUAACCUGGUCAUGAAAUUGUGUCAUUUAAGAAAUAUAAGUUUUAAAGACUGUAUACAAGGCUCAAAGUGCACUUCAAACUGGACACUCAUCCAUCACUGUAUAACAGGGCUCCAUCUAGUGUUCACUGUGGAAGGCUCUGCAUGCACAGAGGUCACUGUUCAUAAUUGUGUCCAGUUCUAAUUAAUCUGAGGAAACCUGCAAGCUGGGGAUGUUUCUGCUA